CAGCCCGCAGGUCCCUGAGCCCCCCCGCUCCCCGCAGGCAGCUGCUUCCUGUGCCUGGUGGACGUGGUGCCGGUGAAGAACGAGGAUGGGGCCGUCAUCAUGUUCAUCCUGAACUUCGAGGUGGUGAUGGAGAAGGAGCGCCCGGGCUCGCCCGAUGCCGACACCAACCACUGGGUCACCCCCGCCAGCUGGUUCCCCGCAGGGCGCAGCAAGUCCUUCAGGCUGAAGCUGCCGGCGCUGCUGGCGCUGACGGCAAGCAAGCAGUCCCUGCCUCAGGAGCCCCCCGAUGCCGUCAUCGUGGACUUCUCCAAGCACAGCAGCGAGUCAGCGCCCGAGGAGGCCACGUCCUCCCUGGAGAACAGCUGCCUGGGCUGCUCCCAGCCCGAGGACCAGAAGGCGCUGAUGGACCCCGAGGAGGGCGAUGGGCGCCCGGAGCCCCCCGUCACCCAGUCCUCGCCCCGCGCCGAGCGCCUGCACCUGCACGCCGCCUUCUCCAACUGCAGCCUGGCGCGGAGCCGCUCGCGUGAGAGCUGCCACAGCGUCCGCCGUGCCUCCUCCGUCGACGACAUCGAGACCAUGAAGGGCGAGGGCGACAAGCGCUGCCACAACCGGCACGCCACCGCGGGGGCCAGCAUGCACCGUGGCUCCAGCACCGGGGCCAUGAACAACAUCCGCAGCACCCUGCUGAACUCCACCUCCGACUCGGACCUGAUGCGCUACCGGGCGAUCAGCAAGAUCCCCCAGAUCACCCUCAACUUCGUGGACUUCAAGGCGGACGCCUUCCUGGCCGCGCCGUCCAGCGAGAAGGAGAUCAUCGCCCCCACCAAGCUGAAGGACCGCACGCACAACGUCACCGAGAAGGUCACCCAGGUGAGCCCAGCGGCCGGGGGUGGCUGGACGGUGCUCCAGGCACGGUCGGAGCCCAGAAGGAUGCUCUGCACUGCAGCAGGGUGGUGCUGGAGUGUGCAGGCAGUGCUGGAGCGUGAAUGGUGGUGCUGGAGGUAGCGGUGGUGCUGGAGGUAGCGGUGGUGCUGGAGUUGAUGGUGAUGCUGGAGCUCACGGGACGAUGCUGGAGCUCACAGGGAGUUGCCUGUGGGUGCUCUGCACUGCAGGACGGUGCUGGACCCUGCAGGGUGGUGCCACUGGGAGCUCGUAAGGCUGCUGUCCCCCACCCAUGGGACCAGACUGUCCCCCCCAAGCACCUCAAGGGAUGUGGCCUGCAGUGGGGCCACUGCGCUCCCUGCAGCAGGGCAGGGGCGG